CCCCUCUUCAGACGGAAGGAAAAGAAGGACCCAGCAACUCCCCUCAGGUUCUUCUGCAGGCCUCGGUGGCCCAGCAUGGCCCACUGCGGUGAACCAUGACUGGCUGGCCAACACUCACCACUGACCAUCCAGAGUCGCAUCUCACCAGGAGGUGACCCCUCCGCCAGCUGCCCCCCACUCAACCGCCCCACCCAGGAAAGUGCCCGGGCUGCCACGGACACCAUGUAGUAGGGCCGGCUGCGGCGCCCCGUGAGCUGCGAUGGUUUUGUACACAACCCCCUUUCCCAGUAGCUGUCUGUCCGCCCUGCACACUGUGUCCUGGGCCCUCAUCUUCCCAUGCUACUGGCUGCUGGACCGGCUCUUGGCCUUGUUCAUCCCUGACCCCUGCCAGAAAUACCAGCUGCUCUGCAUCGUGCUCUUCACGCCCAUCUACCUGGGCUUCCUGGUCACCUCACUGCCCUUCGCGUUUCUCGGGUUCCUCCUCUGGUUCCCCCUGCAGUCUGCCCGCAGGCCGUACGUCUACUCCCGGCUGGAGGACAAGGGCCCAGCUGGCGGGGCAGCCCUGCUGAGUGAAUGGAAGGGUACAGGUCCUGGCAAAAGCUUCUGCUUUGCCACUGCCAACGUCUGCCUCCUCCCCGACUCACUGGCCAGGCUCAACAAUGUUUUUAACACCCAAGCACGGGCCAAAGAGAUUGGGCAGAGAAUCCGCAAUGGGGCCAGUCGGCCCCAGAUCAAAAUCUACAUCGAUUCGCCCACCAAUACCUCCAUCAGCGCAGCCAGCUUCAGCAGCCUGGUGUCACCACAGGGCAGCGAUGGCAUGGCCCGGGCCAUCCCUGGCAGCAUUAAGAGGACGGCCUCUGUGGAAUACAAGGGCAAUGGUGGGCGUCACCCCAGUGAUGAGGCAGCCAAUGGCCCAGCCUCCAGUGACCCAGCUGACUGCAGUAGCCUUGAGCAUGCCUGCAUCGUGCGCAUCAGUGGCGAUGAGGGGGGCCGGCUCCCUGAAGCUGACGACCCUGCCACUGGGGGCCAGGCCAGGAAUGGGGCUGGCGGGGGCCCACGGGGCCAGACACCCAACCACAGUCAGCGGGAUGGGGACUCAGGGAGCCUGGGCAGCCCCUCUGCCUCCAGGGAGUCCCUGGUGAAGGCGAAAGCUGGGUUGGAUGGCAGCAGUGGGGACCCAGGCGCCACCUACAGCAAGGCCCCGCACAAGGCCUCGGUGGUGAAGAAGGCAGCGGCACGCAAGAGGCGGCACCCAGAUGAGGCCUUUGACCAUGAGAUCUCAGCUUUCUUCCCUGCCAACCUGGACUUCCUGUGUCUGCAGGAGGUGUUCGACAAGCGGGCGGCCACCAAGUUGAAAGACCAGCUGCACGGCUACUUCGAGUACAUCCUGUACGAUGUCGGGGUCUACGGCUGCCAAGGCCGCUGCAGCUUCAAGUGUCUCAACAGCGGCCUCUUCUUUGCCAGCCGCUACCCCAUCAUGGAUGUGGCCUAUCACUGUUACACCAACGGGAAGGGCACCGACAGCCUGGCUUCUAAGGGAGCGCUGUUUCUCAAGGUACAGGUGGGGAGCACACUUCAAGACCAAAGAAUUGUCGGGUACAUCACCUGCACACACCUGCACGCCCUGGAAGAUGACAGCGCCGUUCGGUGUGGGCAGCUGGACAUGCUUCAGGACUGGCUGGCUGAUUUCCGAAAAUCUACCUCCUCGUCCAGCACAGCCAACCCCGAGGAGCUGGUGGCAUUUGACAUCGUCUGUGGAGAUUUGAAUUUUGACAACUGCUCCUCUGAUGACAAGCUGGAGCAGCAGCACUCCCUGUUUACACGCUACAAGGACCCCUGCCGCCUGGGGCCAGGGGAGGAGAAGCCAUGGGCAAUUGGUACCCUGCUGGACAAGGAUGGUCUAAACGAUGAGGACGUGAGCACCCCUGACAAUCUGCAGAAGGUGUUGGAGAGCGAGGAGGGCCGCAGGGAGUACCUCGCCUUCCCCGCCAGCAAGAGCCCGGGGGCAUGCCAGAAGGGACGUAAGGAUGUGCUGAAGGGCAACGGCAGGCGCAUCGACUACAUGCUGUACGCGGAGGAGGGGCUGUGCCUGGACUGGAAGGCCGUGAGUCUGGGGCUGGGUCGGGCUGUAGGUAGGGGAACCUGUGCCUUGCACCCCUCACCAACACUGAGCUCUCCUCUGAAAAUGAGACCUGCCACUCCUGGAGACCUUCGGGGUCCUCAGGAUCCUUCCAGCCCUCUGCCCUCAGGAAAACCAGGCCAGCCCCGCCUAGAGGCCCCACCCCUGUCCUCCAGGCCCCUCCUCUGCAGGGGGCCCUUUGGGUCUAAUCCGGAUGCUUCUCUCCCCCACCCCCAACCCCAGGAGGUAGAAGAAUUCAGUUUUAUCACCCAGCUGUCCGGCCUGACGGACCACCUCCCAGUGGCCAUGCGGCUGAUGGUGUCUACGGGGGAGGAGGAGGCAUAGACCAGCCGAGUCAUCACAGCAGCCCGGCCUCUGUUAGCCCUUUGAGCCGCAGCCCGUCCUUGGCCAUGUCCCCUCCAGCAGCGGGGCCCAGGAGGAAGGCAGGGGCCCAGGAUGAGCUGGAACCAACACUGCCCUGUACCUCUGGGCACUUACCAUAGACAGAGGAGUCAGGCAAGCCCGGGGAGGCCCCGGCUGCCCAACCAGUGCCAUUCUUUCAAGACGUAAUUUUCUACAAAAUCUACAGCACAACCUAGUUUGUAACCGUGGGUUAGUAUGAGAACCGGGUUUCUGUACUCUUUGUAUCUCUUCUCAAGCUUCGUCCAGGGUUCAUUAUUUUUGUCUGCUGCCAUGUUGUCUCGCAUGCCUGCCCCCUCGCAUGCACGCUGCCCGCAUGCCAUGUGCCACGCCAUAGCCACACAGACCCCUCACUCGGGCCUCACCCAAGGCCAAACUCCAAACACAAUCAGAACCAGCCAAAGAAGCAUUCCUGGGCACAGGGCCGCCAGCUCGCUGCCUCCGGCAGGGACCGUGAGGGCUGCGUCCAGUCACCGCGAGCCCGGGCUCUUCCCAGGGUCUUGCAUUCAAGGGCGAUUACAUUUUAAAAAGAAAAACAGUAAAAUUUAAGAACAGAAACAACCCUUCACUUUAGAGGGUUUGCAAGCCACAAGGGAGAACACUGCUCUUCUUGAGACAGGGUCCCCUGCCGGCACUCCAGGGCCCCAGGGAUCCCUAAGUGGACAGCGGAGCCACAGACAGGAAGCCAAGAGGGCACAGCUUUCCUACAGGAAACGGGGUGCGUGGCAUGAGGGAGAAAGGGGGCUGCUGGUUUGAGAAUAAUAGAUUUGUAGAUUCUUUUCUGUCAAAACCAACACCUCCUCUUUCUGCCAGAAUCCGUCUCCCCUCUAGACACCUCUCUGGCUCGGGACCAUUUUUUCCCUGGAGACUGUCCCCAUCCAGGAGCUGGCGGAGCUCAGGGACUGCCUGCCUGCCUGCCUGCCUCUGGGUGGAGCUGCGGCUGUCCUCCCAUACCCAUCCUCAAAACUAACCUGCGGGGCCCUGGAGAAGGGGGCAAGAUGCCAAAGCGCAGAGAACGGCCUAUCCCCUCACUCUCACCAGUGUGCGGGCAGGGGCGGCGAGGCCAGGGCCCACUGCUUUUACAGGGCAAGGAGUGGUACUGGUUGGCAUCCAGGCGCUUAUACACCUGCUCUGCCACCAUGUGACCAGGGCCAGCUGCAGGCACCCAGGCACAGUGUGGCAGAGCCUGCAGGUGAGGCCCGCAGCUCCCCACCCCACGGCAGCACUGCCUCCGCCCACCUGCCUUUUUAAACACACCUGGGGACUCUCCCCACAGUCACGCAGGGAGGGUUGAGUCUGUUUCCUGACAACCCCCACUGGUCUCCCCUCCUCGCAGCGCAUUGACCUGUGCCCACCUCAGAGCCAGCUUUGCCCAGCAAGGCUGGGGAGCAUACCAGGACCCUGCUGGUGCCGGUGCGCUGACACUGUGCCUUGUCACCCACUGAGCUGCAAGAGGGACCAAGAGGGGGCCAAGCAGCCAGCCAGAGGCCAGGGCCUGUGCUGGGAGAGGACACUCCUGAGAGCCAUACCCACAAUGGCACUGGUUUGUCUGAACGUACCUGGCCGGGGUAGCGGCAAAGCUGAGGGCUUCAUGCCAGGAGUACUUCCCUGGCCAGGCCCCCAGCCCCACACCCUGGGUCCAGAGCCAGGAGGGGCUACUCACCACUGAGGGCACCAUCCCGCCUGGGCUCUGCUGUGUUGCUCCUCCUAGGGCCUGGCCUUCAAGGCCUUAGCUAGGCUCCAUGGGGUGAGAGGGCCCCUCAUGCCCAGGAAAAGCCAGGAAUCUCUGUUCACAAAGGCAGGGCCCACCUGGGCAGGCACGAGGCCUAGAUGGCCAUGGCUGAGCCCAGGACCUCAGGCUGCAGAUCGGCCAUGUGUCCAGAAGACAGCAGAGAGGCCAGGGAUCCUGAAGGAGACAAACUCCACGUAGCUUCCAGCCCUCCAAGGGGUUGCCUCCCUCCCAGGGCAGCUGGGUGGGGGCUGAGGCGCAGGAGCACGUGCUUCUCUCCCUACUCACAGGGCAGCCUUAGGCAAGUCAUACCUCCCUGUGCCUCGGUCACUUCCUGUCCUAACAAGGUCGCCUCUGCCCAGCCUGGCCCUGGUACUGACUCCCAGCUCCCCUUGCACCUCCCUCUGGUGCAGCCUCAGCGCUGAGGCCACUAUUGUCCAACCACACGUUUCAUAAAGCCUGUGGACUCCUGGGGCCAUGCACAAGCCAGACUUUUCCAUUUUAAUUUUUAAAAAGCAAAGACAAGAAGCAAUGGCAGGAUCUCAGAUUCUGUGGUGUUUGGCCUGGGAGGGACGGACACAGGAAUCACCUACAUCCCUAACCAAUGUCCCGUACCUGCCCCAGGCCCAGCUUUCUCCAGAGAAGCCAGGAGGUAGGGUCAGAAGGAAACGGUCAUUUUCAUUUGUCCAAACCACCUUGAGUUUUAAGUAUGAAUAUUAACCUUGAUGCUUUUUAACUAUUGUAUUAACUUGCUGAGAUUUAGAAAUACUGUUUUAAAAAAGAAAAAAAAAAACUUUUUUA